AGAAUAUAUAUAUGUUCAAUUGAUUGUAUGAUUGUAGAAUGCACCUUGUUGUAAGUAAUCAGAUUUGGUUGCCAGAUUUUGUUAGUGCAAAACACGCGUUUAAAUCAAAAACUAAAAAAAAGUUCAAACUAUCAACACCAAGACUACACCUUUAUAAACACACACAACUAACAAAACAAAAAAAUGGCCUUCAGCGGAAGAAAGAGUACAUUGGACUACCAACCCCAAACAACCAGCCCUUUCCCCGGCAAUAAACGGACUCCCGGACAACAACAACAGCAACCCACUGUAAAGCAAGAACUACUCGAUGAACAACGAAUUGAAAUCAGAGAAGCGUUCUCAAUAUUUGACAUGAAUGGCGAUGGCUAUUUAGACUAUCAUGAAUGUAAAGUCGCAUUCCGUGCUUUGGGUUUCGAUUUGCCUAAGCGACAAGUAUUGGAUAUCAUAACUGAAUACGACACCGAUGACACAAACUUAAUCAACUACGAUAACUUCUUCAAAGUCGUAGGACAGAUGAUUCUUGAACGAGACCCCUUGGAUGAGAUUAAACGCGCGUUCAAGUUGUUUGAUGAAGAUAACACCGGUAAGAUCUCAUUGAGAAAUUUAAGAAAGAUCGCUAAGGAUUUGGGUGAGAAUUUAACUGAUGAAGAAUUAAGAGCCAUGAUUGAAGAAUUUGAUUUGGAUGAAGAUGGAGAAAUUAAUGAACAAGAGUUUAUCAAAAUUUGUACCGAAUAGAUGUUACCCUGUAAACCAAUUAUUGUAUAUUAAUGUCUUAGCUAUGUCUAAUCUGGCCAGAACUAUUGCCAACUUGUUUAAUAAAAGUGUUGUUUU